AGUGAAAGUUUGAGGUGGGGGUCUAUCCUCGGACAGCAUGGUUGGGGAAAGUUCCGGUGCUGCCUUGCGUCCAGUUACAGUAGCGUGAUCGUCGCGAAGUCCAGACUCCAGAGCAGCGGGGUUAAGUGCCUUGCUCAGGGGGUUGGUCUGACUGGUGAGCGGAGAGCGAACGGAGAGAGAGAGAGAGAGAGAGAGAGAGAGAGAGAGUCAACCACACCCACAUUUUCCCACUUCGCCUCCGUGGACUCGAACCGCCGACUUUGCCCCGUCACGCUCGCCGCUUCUCGAACGGUCACACCGGGUAGGACAGAUGGAACCGGGGAAAGCACCGCGCGUGUGCCCCCCAUGAGUAACUUGUAGCCUCUCGAUUCCCCUUUAAAUCUCCCUGGUCCGGGUACUACCCCUGCCACUGCCACUGCCAUCAGCAGCAGCAGCAGCAGCAGCAGCAGCGCUGCUCCUGGAUGUUGUGGUCGGGAAUACGCAUGCGCCCGGCAUUGGAAUUACUGCACUGGAAAGAAUAAGUUGGACACCGUCCGUCUUCACUAAAAAAAAAAAAAAAAAAAAAAAAGAGAGAGGGGGGUGAAGAAAAAAGCGCACAACUGAAGCAUGGCAGUGUUCAGAAUACGAAGGAUGAGGUGUUUUGGCGUCUGCUUGUUCUCCCUGGUAGUGGCCGCGGUGUGCGCCCUGGGUGUCGGUGCCAAUGACCCGAGCAAUAUGUCUUUGGUCAAAGAAACGGUGGAUAGACUGUUGAAAGGCUAUGACAUACGAUUGAGGCCAGAUUUCGGAGGUCGUCCGGUUGGAGUGGGGAUGAAUAUAGACAUAGCCAGUAUAGACAUGGUGUCAGAAGUGAAUAUGGACUACACUUUGACGAUGUACUUCCAGCAGGCCUGGCGAGACAAGCGGCUGUCCUACACCGAGAUCCCCCUCAAUCUGACCCUAGAUAACCGGGUGGCUGACCAGCUCUGGGUCCCCGACACCUACUUCCUCAACGACAAGAAAUCGUUUGUCCACGGUGUCACGGUGAAAAAUAGAAUGAUCCGACUGCACCCGGACGGGACCGUACUGUACGGUCUAAGGAUCACUACCACUGCUGCUUGUAUGAUGGACCUAAGAAGAUAUCCACUGGAUGAGCAAAACUGCACACUUGAGAUAGAGAGUUAUGGUUACACGACAGAUGACAUAGAGUUCUACUGGCGAGGAGGAGACAACGCCGUGACGGGGGUGGACAAGAUUGAACUUCCCCAGUUCUCCAUUGUGGAUCAUAAGCUCAUCUCCAAGAAUGUUGUCUUCUCCACGGGUGCUUACCCUCGUCUAUCCCUGAGCUUCAAGCUGAAGAGAAACAUUGGGUACUUCAUCCUGCAGACGUACAUGCCUUCUAUCCUGAUCACCAUCCUCUCCUGGGUCUCCUUCUGGAUCAACUACGACGCCUCUGCUGCCCGAGUGGCUCUAGGUAUCACCACGGUGCUCACCAUGACUACCAUUAACACCCAUCUGAGAGAAACCCUGCCCAAAAUCCCCUACGUCAAGGCCAUAGACAUGUACCUCAUGGGCUGCUUCGUCUUUGUCUUCCUGGCUCUCCUGGAGUAUGCGUUGGUGAACUACAUCUUCUUCGGACGGGGCCCUCAGCGUCAGAAAAGGGCAGCUGAGAAGACGGCCACAGCCAACAAUGAAAAAAUGAGGAUGGAUCCAAACAGGUGGCUGGUGGGGAGUGUGGUUGGCAGAGAUGAUACUCUAUAUGCCAGAAUGAAACAAAGGGAUCUCGAAGGUCAUGACUCAAUGUGGGAGCCAAUCUUUGUGGAUGACGCAGCAAUUGGACUUGGUGAUCAAAAGAAUAAGAUGGACCCACAUGAAAACAUUCUUUUGGGCACCUUGGACAUCAAGAACGACAUGGGCAUUUCAGAGCUGGCACUGGGUCUCAACGACCCACGGAAUACCAUGCUGACAUACGACAGCUCGACUUUACAGUACCGCAAAGCAGGGCUGGCCAGGCACAACUUUGGUCGGAAUGCGCUGGAGCGCCACAUGACUCAAAAGAAAAGCCGACUACGGCGGCGCACUUCACAGCUGAAGAUCAACAUCCCAGACUUGACUGAUGUAAACUCUAUCGACAAAUGGUCAAGGAUGAUCUUCCCAACUGUCUUUUCCUUCUUCAACAUCAUCUAUUGGCUUUAUUAUGUCAACUAAAGAGAGAAAAGAACAUCAGCAAGGGCAAGAACUAACAGCAAAAAUAUGUUGCUACUUUCUUGUUUGUUUGAUUUUUAUGUGAUAUUGUAAAACUGGGCUGAAUUACUCCUAUAUAUUCAGGACUGGAUCCAUCAUAUCUUGGAAUUCCACAUUUGCUGGCUAACACAUGAAAACCUUAUAGAAGAGAGAUUACAAACAUAUAAGGUGCCUGUUUUACAUAUUUUAUGAACUGCAUAUCCUGACAUUUUUUUAGUUUGCAUAUUUUUUAUGUUUUUAUUGUGUUAGAUUUACAAUAUAUCCAAUUAAUUGCCAAAAUACUAGCUAGAAACAAUUCAACAAGUUGACAUUUCACUUUUAAAUGUUCGCUAACUUUUACUGACACUAGUCAAAAGUGCUGAUGUAAAUUUGAAGUCAACAUGUUGUUGUUUUUUAGAUUAAUUAUGCCAACAAAACAAAAUAUACUGUUACUACAAUGAAUUUCAUACCGAUAUCACAAGGUCCUGAACUUCAACUUUUUUGGUACUUUAAUAUAUUAGAAGCACGAUAUAAUUUACUUCUAAGCAUUUUUUAGUUCAUACACCAUCUUGAAAAUAAGUCAUUAAGUAUGAAGAUCAUUCCAAAAUGUCAUAAUGUAAAGAAGCAAUCUGGAUUGUUCUUAUUUUUUUCUGUCCACUGUGUCAACUUUUUCAAAGAAAAAAAGUGUGAAAAAUAUGAAAAAAAGAAAAUAUACUUUUUUUUUUCCUCAGCAAAAUUGAAUUUACUUAUAUAUUGUUAUAAUUAUCAAUGAUGGAUUUUAUUCCAAAGCACAUUCAAAUGGAAAAAUGUCUUUGGGAAGGACUGUAUCGGGAAAAAAAAGUAGUUUAGUCUUUAAAUAACUGUAAAUGUAUAUAUCUACUGUAUAGCAUUUAUUGCAGGGAAAAUAUGACCAACAAAAUGUCUUUUUCAGUGCUCUAUUCUCACUGUCUUGGGAACUUAUUUAACAGAUCAAAUUGUUUUUAUCAGCUAUGAUAAUUUGUUCAUUGCUCAAGAAGAACACAGGAUGAAUCUCGACUAUUCCACAGAAUUGUGAGAAUGCAUAAAAAGCACAAAUACAUCAAAUAUCAGGUGUUGACGCUGUAAUUUAUGAUUUUUUUCUUUCUUUUUGUUUUCUAAAGUUCAUACUUUAUAUUGUAUCUCUAUAUGUACUUAUAAUAUUAUAGGUAUAAAACAUAGUCAUAUUGUUUCCAGAUUUAAAAUAUGGUUUGACACAUACACAUGAAUCCAAAAUUACUCUACAGAAUAUAAUUGCAGAUUAUUUACUAAUGAUCCUGUGCUUUUGACGAUAUGUACAAAAGAUUAUUGCACACACAUUCUUCAAAGCCAUGGAGGCUGCAUCGUAGUUCUUCUAAUACCUUGUGCUUACAUUGGCUGUCUUGAGAGGAACCUAAUUGAUAUGACUAUUAUUACAAUUCAUGAUUAAAAUCAAAAAAUACAACUAGGGCUGCAAUACACAAAGGGUGAAAUACCCUUCUCCCCACAGAUUUGUGACACGUGUAGUUAAAUAAUCCUCUCUAUGUAAAUUCAACAUCAUUGAUUGAAGGGUUAAAUUUAAAGUAUCAUGGAAGUGUGAUGGCUCAUAUAUGAAAUUGUGCCAACAUGAGCGUCAGUACAGACGUGGAAAGGAAAAGGGCGCGACUCCAAUCACACUGAAAUUUAGAACAAGUAACUGGAGCUUUUGUCUCCUUUGAAAAAAAACACAGAUCCGACACAUGGCAUUAUUCCUCCAGGUAUGCCAUUCAUUUUCAUACCUAACAAUAAGUUCCUGAUUAUUUACUUAAAUGUAGCCACCUGCAGUUGUCACUGCAUGAUCUGUACAGUAGUAACUCUUGAUAUUCUGUUGAGGCCACAUUCUCCUUUCUCACAGAGUUGUUUCAUUUCAAUGGUUUUUUUUUGUGAUCAAUUCAACUCAACUAAGUAUCCAUACAUAUGUAAUUACAGUAUUAUAUUAAAUAGGUAUGUUUGAUUGGUAUUGCAAAUAUUAUUAAAUGUAUUUAACUUUUUUUAAAGAGUAUUCAUGCAAAAGUACAACUAUAAAAAAAAAAAAGACGGUCAUUUUCACAAGCACUGCCCAACAACUGACGUGUAGACUCCUAAUAGCGUGCACAACCUACAGUACAGUCCACUCUGGUUUGAACCAAUGGUUUUCACUGGUGUUUACAAUCAUCAAAAUGAAACAAUUUCAAACAAAUUGUUGUUUCUUUGUGUUUGUGUUUGUAUAGUUCUGGUAAUUGUGAAAAGAAAAUUGUUCUUUUCAUCUUUCUAUUCUUUCUUUUUUUUCUUCUCAAACACAUGAACCUGAUUGAACUCAAAUUUGGGCUCUUAUACUAAAAAAUAUAUUUAAAAAGUAUGUACAUAUCAGAUAUAAUAUCAUUAAUUAGAGUGUAUUACUCUUGUAAAUACCUAUAAGCUUUGUAUGGAAAAAGACUAAAGGACCUUUUCAAUAUCAUUUAUACUGUAAUGUAAAGGGAAUGCAAAGGGUGAUGUGAAAUAAUGUAAAUGGUUUAUUUUUAUUUAAGUGUCACCUGAUCUCUUUUCUUUUUUUGUUGUUUCUCAAAGCACAUUUCUUUGGUUUUUGCCAAAAUGUAAUCAUGUAAUCCAUGAAUGUAGUUGAUAUUCUUUUGCAGCAUCUAUUUGCUGUGAUGUGUCAGCAAAACUAUAACGAUUUCUUGUACCGAUGAUCAGAUGAAACAACUUAAUGUGCUCCACCUUUUUCACACACACACACUCACACACACACACACAAAGGGUCAAGUGAUGAAAAGGCUAGUGAUGUUGCCUUUGUAUCAGCCCAAAAUUCAACCAUCUCAGGUCAGCACAGUACACACUGGAAUUGUACAUAAGGAAAAGUACCUUAGUGAGCUUGUUUCAGAUGUUUUCUGUUUUUCUCAGUUUUUUCCCCCCGUUUUUUACAGGGCCCAUAAAUCCAUACACUUUACUCAUACAGUGGAAACAGUAUCUUGUACAGCAUGGACAGAAUCUAAAAACUAAAAAUACUUAACAAGUCAUUAAGGUACUAAAUCCACCCUAGCCAUAGAAAAGUAUCAAACUACCCAAAAAAGAUAUAUUUCUUAAUCUCCAGUAUAAAACUGUAUGAUGUGGUUUGAGUGUGAGAGUAUGUAUGUUGGCCAGAGGCACACUGGCAACUGGAAAGAAAGGUGUGCUUCAUAAGUUCUACACUUUGAAUAUGUGUUUGUACUUCACAGCGCUUUUUUGUUGCAUAUACUGUAUUUUUAUACUUCUAUACUCCAGUGUAAAAAAGGCAAAAAAAAAAGUUGUGCGCACUGUUGUUUGGCAAAACCUUGUAAAUCCAAUUUUGACAGUUUUCACAUUUAUACUAUACAGAAUUACAACAUUGUCCACUGGGGGUUCUGAAAAACGUAUUGACAUGUAUGUUUACGAAAUCCCUUCAUAGUCCCUUGUAUAAAGUACACACACAAAAACACAUGGUUGUAAAUGGUUUGAAGAUGCCCCCCCCCCCCCCCCCCCAAGUCUUGAAACUGUAAAGUUUUUGGAAAUGCAAGGUUUUCAUCAGUCUUCUGUGGAGAGCAAGGACAGACUGACAUCGUAAAAGCCUAAAAUGACACAUGUUGGUGACAGAGUAUGUUUGCACACACUCACAGAAGAAGCCUUAGCCUCCUGCUGCCCUGGACUUCACACCAUGCAGCAUUAAUCCUUCUUACCCUCUCAACACCCUCCACCUUGAAAAAAUCCUUGUAUGUGCCACACACGAGAACAUUCCUAGAAACCCUGAGCUGUACCCUUCUUGAAGAUAAACCCUGUAAAAGUCAGUGUCCAUCUUUACUAUGAAAAUGAAUACAUUGUCAAUAAAUAUUGUAUACAGUUCUAAA